GAGAGAGAGAGAGAGAGAGAGAGAGAGAGAGAGAGAGAGAGAGAUUUAGCUUAGACGUGAGAUGAUUUGAAAACAAUAGUUUUGAUCACUUCUGUGGGGCCAGGAUACCUCUGUAUAAUUCAAAAAAAAAAAAGCAUAACAAAACGGUAGGACUAUAAACUGGUCUGAUCAGUUUUCUCAUGACUUAAGAGUCACCAGUUGUUUGUUAUUAAUAUUGUUCAUCUCAUCGGUUUCAGCUUUGUUUUACUUUUAAAAACUGGUAAUUAAAUAUAUUAUAAAAGUCCAAAAACGUUUCUUAACCUUCUUUCCAUUAAAUAUAAAUAGAUAUGGGAUUGUACUAUCAGCAAUCAAAACACAAACUCGAUAAAGACUCAUAUAUUUGAAGAAAUCUAUAUUCUUUUUUUUCCUUAUCUCAUAAUGUCUAUUAAACAUGUUUUUUUCUCAAUGGUGGUUGUGUGUGUUGUAGUCUCUGCCAAUGCUCAACUACCCCAGUUUCUUAUCCCAUUUCCUUUUCCACUCCCAUUCCAACCAAGUCCAGGCAUUCCCGGAUUACCUGAUGUGGCAAAAUGUUGGUCUUCAUUGAUGGAUAUUCCAGGAUGCAUUAUAGAGAUUUACACAUCUAUACUCACAGGACAAUUUGGACAUAUAGGUCCCUCUUGUUGCAAAGCAUUUUUGGAAGCAGAAGCCAAUUGCUUACCGAAACUUCCAUUCAUUCCACUUUUUCCUCUCAAAGAACAAUGUUCAAGAAUUGCUAGCGCAGCUCCUCCUACCACAAAAUAGAGUUUCAAAUUAAUAGAAGUAAUAGCUAUGUCGUUUUUAUUUUCAAUGUAUUUUAACAUUUUAGC